AUGCAGAGAAUAAAGAAGAGUCGAGCUGCGUUACGAGUUUGCACAGGGAUUAAUCAACAGCAAUAUCCUUUCUGCAUUAAUGAAAGCAUCAAUCUCUUUUUCUCUUAUCCUUCUCUCCAACCUGGUAUUUAUGACGAUGGAGCUGGCUACGCUUCUGAGGCAAAGUCCUCUGGUCAGAUUCGCUCUGUCAUUGGUGCCGUCGUCGACGUUCAGUUCGACCAGGGCAAGCUUCCCUCCAUUCUUAAUGCUCUUGAGGUCAAGAACUUGGAUCGCCGUCUGGUUCUCGAGGUCGCUCAGCACUUGGGAGAAAACACUGUCCGUACCAUUGCCAUGGACGGUACUGAGGGUUUGGUCCGUGGCCAGCCCGUUGAGGAUACCGGUGCUCCUAUUACCAUCCCUGUUGGUCCUGAGUGCUUGGGUCGUAUUAUCAACGUCAUUGGUGAGCCUAUUGAUGAACGUGCUCCCGAGUUCGUUGACCAGUCCGUCGUCCCCGAAGUUCUCGUCACUGGUAUCAAAGUCGUCGACUUGCUUGCCCCCUAUGCUCGUGGUGGUAAGAUUGGUCUCUUCGGAGGUGCUGGUGUCGGAAAGACUGUGUUCAUUCAGGAGUUGAUUAACAACAUUGCCAAGCAUCACGGAGGUUACUCUGUCUUCGCUGGUGUCGGAGAGCGCACUCGUGAGGGUAACGAUUUGUACCACGAGAUGAUGGAGACCGGUGUCAUCAAGCUGGACGGUGAGUCCAAGGCCGCUCUUGUGUUCGGUCAGAUGAACGAGCCCCCAGGUGCCCGUGCCCGUGUUGCCUUGACUGGUUUGACCAUUGCUGAGUACUUCCGUGACCAGGAGGGUCAGGAUGUGUUGCUCUUCAUUGAUAACAUUUUCCGUUUCACUCAGGCAGGUUCUGAGGUAUCUGCCUUGUUGGGUCGUAUUCCUUCCGCUGUCGGUUACCAGCCUACUCUUUCCACUGAUAUGGGAGGAAUGCAGGAACGUAUUACCACCACUAAGAAGGGUUCGAUUACCUCUGUUCAAGCCGUCUAUGUGCCCGCUGAUGAUUUGACCGAUCCCGCUCCCGCUACUACCUUCGCUCACUUGGACGCUACCACUGUCUUGUCCCGUGGUAUCUCUGAGUUGGGUAUUUACCCUGCUGUCGACCCUCUCGACUCCAAGUCCCGUAUGUUGGAUCCUCGUAUCGUCGGAGAGGAGCACUACGAGACUGCCUCCAAGACUCAGCAGAUUCUCAGCCACAAGUCCUCCAGGAUAUUAUUGCCAUUUGGAUCCAGAAUUCUUGUCCCACCCUUCACUGUUGCCCAGGUUUUCACUGGCUCUGAGGGUCUCUUGUUAAGCUCGAGGACACCAUUCGCUCUUUUAAGGAGUCCUCGAGGUAAGCAACGACCACUUGCCGAGGCUGCCUUCUACAUGGUUGGUGACAUUGGAUGCCACUGCCAAGGCUCCAAGAUUGCUGCAGAAUCUCUGGGCAACUAA